AUGCCUAACAGUUUCGAUCGCCUCGAGAGGCUCUUUUCUAAGAGAAAGGACCUCACGAUUGACACCAAGCCGGCACCUUUAGAUCUCUCAGGACCCAAAACUGUCAACCUGGACCAACGCUUCCCAUCACCCUCGUUCAUUCGCCCACGUGUUUCUCGGAUGAAGGCCAGAGACGAGCGCAUAGUUGCUGCUCAGAAUGAGAGGCGCGCUCAUAGCCUCCCCGAGAACGCGUCCGAGCGCCUCUCUAUCAACCUCUCUUCUUACUCGAGCACCGGAAGCACCACCACUCUCGCCCUCCCGGUCCGCUCCUUGUCGCUCAAUCAACGUCGGGACAGUCAGCCGGUGGCAAGUUUGGGUGGAUUCGAUUUUCCUGCUCCUCCCACAGGCCGCUUGCCGGCUUCGCCCGCGUGCGCUUCGUCCAAAACUUUACCCGCAGCGCAUAAACCUUCCCUCGAGCACCGCCACAGCUCCGUCAUCCUACCUCUGAGAGCCAGCACCCCGCCCUCCUCCGACAACGAAGACGACUCAAGCAUAAAGAGCUCCCAGUAUGGCCGACCCUCUUCUUCCAUGAGCAGCGACCUGCCCACACCAGCCGCAUCACCCGAGAUGAAGCCAGUACACGACAAGAGAUCUAGGGAUUCGGCGGAGCUCAGUUUGGCCAAGAGGAAAGCCGCUGCCGCCGCAACACGCCGCAGGAGAGAAGAGAAGGCCGCUUUGCUGCGCCGUCCUCAAGGCCAGUCAAGACCUCACCGGUCCGUCACAUCACCAAGCCAGAUUCUCAAGGGCGGAGACGUUGGGGACUUUUUCGCUCUCUCCGACGACGACAUCUUGGAGGAGCCCGAAUUAGAGGAUGAGCUGGACACGCCGAUCAUCCCUGCUCCUCUCAGAACCCCUCCAUCCCCGCCGACGCCGUCUUCGAUGUCCUCACCUCGUCCCUCGCGGCGGACUUCUUCCAUCUACGCCGACGACGUGGCCAAAGAGGGUGCUCUGCAAGUCGCUCAGAUCGCCGCCAAGCACAACUUCGAUCUGGUCUACAUCGUAAACCUGUGGCCCGAGCAUGCAUCCGACUUUCCCGCUUCACCGUACCGUGCCUCGCUGGACUUGUCUUCGCGGCCCGCCAGCAUGAGGAACUCGCUCAUGGCGCCGAUGGAUGGACCGACUGUGGAAACGGCACCGGGUAUGACCGGACGUCUGCUUGCAGCAUACGGGCUCUCGAAUCUCAACAGCCCUUUCCGUAUCUCAGCAACGGUGCAAUCCAAGAUUUUGAAGCAAGAGGGAUGGAUGGAAUAUCGCAGCGAUGAUGCGCAGGUUGGCGAAUUCGCCCGGGGUUAUGGCCACGCUUUCCACACUUCCGUCGGACGCAGAGGAUCAGCCAACUCCAGCCCUCGCAACUCGGGCUCUCACGACAUUACUCAAAACGACCGCGGAGUCGUCUUCGCCGCCUACCGCUACCCCAGCAAGGACUCUCCCACGGCCGGAUGCACCAAGGAAGAACUGGAGGCUCUCCGGGCCGAUGCUGAGGGCCUUGUCGACUACCUCGUCGCCAUUCACAAGACGAGACGCUUACGGGAUCCCAUGACUCUUCAGACACUCGCGGAUGAGGAAGAGUAA